AUGACGUCUUUCAAGCUUCCUAUAUUUUCAUUGCUGGCCCUAGUUGGCAGUGGUGCGUGCAGCACGUCCGUGUCUUCCAGCGCAGGACACGCUCCGACCGGUCUAUCUUAUCCAUCUGGGUUCGACAUAACGAAGAGCUGGGGCAACCUCAGUCCGUAUGCUGAUGCACCUGGAUUCGGCGUGUCUAAGGGAUAUCCACAGGGCUGCGAGCUUUCGCAGGCACACGUCCUUCAUCGCCAUACCCAACGGUACCCUACUGAGAGUGAGCUGGAUUCCGGACUCCUGCUAGCAUUCGCCUCGGCGCUACAGAAUGCCUCCAAAAAGCACCCGAAUACAACAAUUGGCACGGGACCACUUUCAUUCUUGAAUGAGUGGAAUUACUUAUUGGGGUUGGAGACCCUUCUCCCUUCGGGUGCUGCCACCGAGGCGGAGGCUGGCGCAGACUUCUGGAGUCGGUACGGCCGAUUGUUGUAUCAGGCACCUACGGGAGAUGCAAACUGGAAUGCCUCGCUGAAUGUGUUUGCGAAUGGCACAUCUCGUCCAAAGCUCACGUUUCGCACUACCUCUUAUCCUCGUAUCCUGGAGAGUGCACGGUGGUGGCUGGCUGGCUUUUUCGCCAACACGGGCGGCAACAGCUCCUACUCUGAGUAUGACCUUGUCAUCAUUCCUGAGAAGGCAGGCUUCAAUAACACACUAUCACCAGAGGAAACAUGCGAGCCGAAGGAAGCCUCUGCUGCGCUGACAGAAGCUCUGGUCGUGGUUGCCAAGAUGAUGAAGAAUGCUGUCAAACGCCUGUCUGCUUUCUUGCCGAAUGAUUUUUCACUCAGUGUCUCGGAAGUCCUAGGAAUGCUCAAUCUGUGUCCGUACGAAUAUGCUGCCUUGGGUCGCUCACCCUUUUGUUCGCUAUUCACAGAGCAAGAGUGGCGCGACUUUGAGUACUUGCUUGAUCUGGACUUCUACGAUGCAUACGGGUUUGGCUCUUAUAACGGCCGUGCCCAAGGUAUAGGCUACAUCCAAGAGUUAGCGGCACGGCUUCAGCACAAGCUCAUUACGAGCAGUGAAAGCAGCAUCAACUCCACAUAUGACGAUAACGAGAGUGACUUCCCGCUGGGCCAGCCUUUCUAUAUGGACAUGUCGCAUGACAAUGUGAUUGUCUCUGUUCUGACAGCCUUGGGCCUAGACUAUUUCAAAUAUGGCCCGCAAGGCUUGCCGUUGAACGUUACACAUGCUCCGCGUCGCCAUUUCAAGAUGAGUAAUAUUGCCCCCUUCGGCGGCCGUCUGGUGUCCGAAAUCUGGACAUGCCCCAAGUCCACUUCGUUCCACCAUCUGCAGUCGCAGCUGUACAAGAACCCGGAUUUGUCUUCCAGCUCUGACACCGUUGACUAUAUCCGUUUCGUUUUGAAUAACGCUCCUCUUCCGCUGAACGGCUUAUCUGCUUGCGAUGGGGCCGUGAAUGGUUUCUGUCCAGUGAAGAAGUUCCUCGACCAAGUUCCUCGGCUUACCAAAGAGGCAACGUACCAGAAGGCUUGUUUCGGCUCAUACAACACCAGUGUCUCAGUUGGCAAUGGACAGCCACCUCAAUACUAG